GUCCGCACUGAGUUCUCCCUGAAGGCUCACGCUAAACUGGACACGAUGGUGAAGGGCAUCAACGAGAUCAUCCCUCUGGCUCAGGGCACCAUGACCGGUCUCGCCAUCAAAUUCGUGAUGGACACAGCUUUCGUUGCCGAGGAGGGAGACAGGCCCAAGGUGCCCAACGUGGUGGUGAUCGUGACGGACGGUCGUCCUCAGGAUCGAGUGGCAGAGGUGGCGAUUGAGGCAAGAGAAAAAGGCAUCGAGAUCUUCGCUGUGGGCGUGGCCAGAGCAGAUAUGGCGUCCCUCAGGGCGAUGGCGUCCCCUCCAUUCGAGGACCACGUCUUCCUGGUCGAGUCUUUUGAUCUGAUCCAUCAGUUCGGACUGCAGUUCCAGGACAAACUCUGCGGAGUGGAUCUGUGUGUGGAGUCGAAGCACGGCUGUGAGCAGAUCUGUGAGAGUUCUCCGGGAUCUUUCCACUGCCUCUGUCUGCCCGGAUACUCUCUGAACGAGGACGGGAAGACAUGCGCAGCCAUUGACCUGUGUGCUGAGGGGAAACACGACUGUGAGCAGAUCUGCAACGCCUCUCCCGGCGCUUUCACCUGC